UCCAGAUUGGCGGGAACGCGAAAAGAACCCUAAAAUCGCCCUUUUCUCUUGAAAUCCCCACUCACUCAUGGCUUUAUGAUUACUAAAUUCGCGUCUCUUCGUUUCUCCCCUCUUCUUAUAAUCAAUCGUUCCACUCUCUAUUUCCGACAACGACCACCACAGUACUACUAUCUCUACAACCCACAGUCACAUUUGGAGAAGAACACCGGCGGCGAAGAAGAAGAAAAUGCCUGUCGUAGCUGAGUACGCGAAGUCGGAUCGAUCGUCUUGUAAGUCAUGUUCGGAGAAGAUUGCUGUGAAAUCGCUUAGGUUAGGGUUGAUUAGCAAAGGACCUGGCGGGGUUGAUAUGACCAGGUGGCACCAUUUCGAUUGUUUCCCUACUGAUUCCGAGCCGAUUGCUUCAGCUGAUGAUAUCCAAGGUUUAUCCGCUUUAGAGAAAGAUGAUCAGGAUGCUUUGAUGAAGAUGGUGGAACAGUGUGGUGAAGAGUCUGCUAAAAAAGAAUUACCGAAGAUGGAUGAAGAUAAUGCAGAAUCUGUAGCUGAUAAUGAGUUAACGGAGGAGACAAAGAAAGGAAAACAUUCUCCGGUUGCAAAAUUGGUGGAACAAUGUGGCGAGCCUGCAAAAGAACAGAAGGAUGAGGAUGAAGAGAUUAAAAAGCCUGCAUCAGAUGUAAUAAUUGGGGAGAAGAUUAAGGAGACGACAGGGUCUCCUGAUUCUUCAAAAGUUAUUGCUGAGUAUGCAAAAUCAAGCAGAUCAAAGUGCAAGAAGUGCUCUCAGACUAUCGCUGCAAAGGAACUGAGGUUAGGGCUAGUGACCAGAAACUUCCGGGGCUUUGAUAUGACACAGUGGCAUCACUUGGGUUGUUUUCCUGUCGACUCGGAUCCAAUUUGUUCUGUAGAAGACAUUGGUGGAUUUUCAGAACUGCAGAGUGGUGAUCAGGAUGCAUUAAAGGAAUUGGUCAAACAAUGCGGGAAGAAGACUUUGGUAGAUGUACUAGCAAAACCCUUUUUCAAGAUGGAUGAAGAUAAUGACGAAUCUGAUAAUACUAGGCUAACUGAGGAGACAAACAAAAGAAAACAUUCUGAGGUUGUUAAAAUGGUGGAUGAAGAUGACUCGCAAACGAAAGCAAACCAACACACGUCUAGAAAACAUAAGGUGAACAAUAGUGAGUCAACUUCUCAGGUCGAGGUUGAAGCAGAAAUCUCUCUUUCAGCUUGUGAUGUGAAGGAUAAGUACAGGGAUGCCAAUCUAUUACCAAAGUGGAAAGCUUUCGAGACAGUUAUAUUCCUUGAGCGGGAUGAUGGUCUUAAAGAUUCAGAGAAAAUAGCUGCAUUUGACUUUGAUGGAUGCCUGGCAAAAACGUCUGUGAAAAUUACAGGGGCACAUGCUUGGUCUCUUAUGUACCCCUCCAUUCCGGAGAAACUGCAAAGUCUGUACAAUCAAGGCUAUAAGCUGGUCAUUUUCACCAAUGAGUCCAACAUUGAUCGAUGGAAGAACAAAAGGCAAGCUGCUGUAGAUUCGAAGAUCGGACGUCUUAACAGUUUUAUCAAGCGCGUGGAGGUUCCCAUUCAGGUGUUUAUAGCCUGCGGGUUCUCAAGUUCUGCCCAUAAAGAUGACCUUUACCGCAAACCUAAGGCUGGAAUGUGGCAACUUAUGAAGAAGCAUUUUAACUCUGAAAUUGCAAUUGAUAUGGAUAAAUCCUUCUAUGUUGGGGAUGCAGCCGGAAGAAAAAUGGAUCACAGCGACGCUGACAUCAAAUUUGCGCAGGCAAGUGGACUAAAGUUUUACACCCCGGAGGAGUACUUUAUCUCUUCAAGUACAUAAGCAGGGACUUGGCAGUUUCACUCUUCUCGCAACUUCUUUUGUUUUUUGUGAUCAGACUAUCAGUCAUUUAGUAUGCCUUUCGUGUUCAAACUAUCAGUAAUUCAGUAUGCUUUUUGUGAUCAAACUAUCAGUAAUUCAGUAUGCUUUUUGUAAUCAAAUUAUCAGUAAUUCAGUAUGCUUUUUGUGAUCAAACUAUCAGUAAUUCAGUAUGCCUUUUGUGAUCA